AUGUCAGAAUCGCCUGUCCGGUCCUCUAGAAGGGUGGCUUCUCGCCGGAAAAUUGUAGUAGAAUCAUCAGACGAAGACGAAAGCAUGGAAGUAAAGGUUGAGGAAGAUGAUGAGGAGGAGGAAUUUACCCCCGCACCGAAGCGUAGUCCACGAAAAGCCCCUCAAUCAAGGCGGAAGACGACAAAUUCAAUUGCGGCUACACCUCGCGCAGGCGAUCGAUCAAAGAAAAGCAUGGAUACCGAGAACGCUGAGCCUUCGGAGAUGUUCGACCCUGACCAAACGGCAACCCCAGCACCGGAGUCACCUUCAAAAAAGGCACCCCCCCGGAGCGCACGCAGCUCCGUUGCACCUGAAUCGAACCCACCUUUACCAACACCGAAUGCAUCACAGUCUCCUCAGCCAUCCGAAAUGCACAAUAGCACAGUUCUGGCUGACAUCACAGAAAGGCCUGGGACCUCGGACAGUCAAGCGUCAGCUGUCAAACCCUUGCGAGCUAUGGAUACAAUCAUGGAAAAGCCAAUGGAUAUUGUUCUCAAGUCAAGAACCAUGGCAGCUCCGGUGAUUGAGGAUACUGGUCCAAAAGCUCGAAUAGUCAUUACUUAUCUGAUUCUUACGAAUUUUAAGAGUUACGCUGGCCGCCAGGAAGUUGGCCCCUUUCAUUCGUCUUUUUCUUCUGUCGUUGGGCCUAACGGCUCCGGCAAAUCCAACGUUAUCGAUUCUCUUCUUUUUGUAUUCGGCUUCAGAGCUAGCAAGAUGCGACAGGGCAAGAUUUCCGCAUUAAUUCACAAUUCUGCAGCUUUCCCGAACCUGGACCAUUGUGAGGUUGCUGUACAUUUUCAAGAAGUGAUGGAUCAGCCCGAUGGCACACAUCAAAGUAUUCCUAAUUCUGAUCUGGUUAUAUCUCGCAAGGCGUUCAAAAAUAAUGUCAGUAAAUAUUAUAUCAACGGGAAGGAGUCAAAUUUUACCAUUGUCACGACACUACUUCGUGACAGAGGUGUGGAUUUAGAUCAUAAAAGGUUUUUGAUCCUUCAAGGUGAAGUCGAGUCAAUUGCGCAAAUGAAACCGAAGGCUGCGAAUGAACACGAUGAUGGCCUUUUGGAGUAUCUGGAGGAUAUUAUUGGCACAUCCACAUAUAAAACCCCCAUCGAAGAAUCUGCUAUCGAAGUGGAAACGUUGAAUGAAGUGUGUGUUGAGAAGAGUGGGCGGGUUCAACACGUUGAGAAGGAGAAAAAUGGUCUCGAAGAUAAGAAAAAUAAGGCGCUUGCUUAUAUCAGGGACGAAAAUGAGUUGACUAUGAAGCAAUCAGCUUUGUAUCAGGUCUACAUUAAUGAGUGUGGUGAUAAUUUAGCCGCUACCGAAGAGGCUAUUGGUCAGAUGCAGGCACAGCUGGACGCAGAAAUGGAAAAGCAUCAAGGCAAUGAAGCGGGAAUCAAGCAGCUUGACAAGCAGUACAAGAAGGGCCAAAAAGAGUAUGAGUCGGUCGAAAAGGAUACUCAAGCAAUACUCAAGGAGAUGGCAAACCUCGACCAGGAGCGAGUGAAGCUUGAAGAGAAGAGGAAAUUCUUGACAGGCAAACAGAAGAAACUGGAAAAAACAGUCAAUACAUCCGACUCCGCUAUUUCCGAAGCUCAGGCUACGAUCGAGAAGUGUGCAGAAGAAAUCCAGGAAUCUGCCGCCGAGAUAGCUGCAACUGAACAGAAGAUGGCCGAAGAAGAGUCAGAGCUCGCUAAUAUCAGGGAUAGUCUCAAGGGGAAAACCCAAGAAUUUUCCGACCAAAUUGCGGCCAAGCAGAAGUCAUUGGCGCCAUGGAAUGAGAAGAUUAAUCAAAAGCAAUCUGCUAUUGCCGUCGCGGAGAGUGAGCUCGCGAUCUUACACGAGAAGGCCAAUGCAGGUGCUGUAGCACUACGGGAGAUUCAAUCAAAGGUUCAGACCAUAGAAGAAUCCCGGAAGGCUAAGCUCGAAGAACUCGAGCAAUGCAAGGGACAAAGAGCGAAGCUGGAAAAGGACGGUGCUCGAUUACAGGCCGAAUUAACGCAAUUGUCUCAGAAGGAGCCAGAUUUCCGCUCUAAACUAUCAGGUGCUCGCCAAAAAGCCGAUGAAGCCCGCGCUAGUCUUUCGAAUACCCAAACCCAAGGGAAUGUUCUGACGGGCUUGAUGAGGCUUAAAGAGUCUGGCCGGAUCGAUGGUUUCCAUGGCCGACUUGGAAAUCUGGGCACAAUUGACCAGCAAUUUGAUAUUGCAAUUUCUACCGCCUGUGGAGCCCUGGACAAUUUUGUGACGGAUACAGUCGAGGCUGGUCAACAGUGUAUUGAAUAUCUUCGAAAAACUAAUCUUGGACGAGGUAACUUUAUGUGCUUGGACAAAUUAGGAAAUCGUGACAUUUCGCCCAUACAAACGCCGGAAAACGUCCCUCGUCUUUUCGAUCUUAUCAAACCAAAAAAUGACAAAUUUAGACCAGCAUUCUUUCACUCGUUACAAAACACACUUGUAGCACAAGAUUUAGCACAAGCCAAUCGCAUCGCUUAUGGAGCCAAACGAUGGCGUGUCGUGACUUUGGAUGGUCAGUUGAUUGAUAAAUCAGGUACAAUGUCUGGUGGUGGUAAUACGGUAAAGAAGGGUCUGAUGUCUUCGAAGCUUGUUGCCGAAGUCUCAAAAGAGCAGGUUUCAAAGUUGGAAGUGAACAGAGAUGAGCUCGAACAAACUUUCCAGAAGUUUCAAGGCCGCCAAAGAGACCUGGAAACGCGGCUUAAAGAUAUAAGCCAUCAAAUGCCGCAACUCGAGACGAAAAUGCAAAAGCUUGGUCUGGAGAUAGAGAGUUCCGAGCGAAACUUGGUAGACGCACAAAGACGCAUCAAGGAAUUGAGCAAGGAGCACCAGCCAUCGCAAACAGACGACAGUCGAGUCUCCACACUGAAUAAGGACAUUGCGAAGAUUCAAAAAGAAAUCAAGAAACUUCAUGCUGAAACAGCCAGCGUAGAAGAAGAGAUUAAGGCUCUUCAGGAUAGGAUCAUGCAGGUUGGUGGUGAGAAGCUUCGUGCUCAGCGUGCCAUGGUGGAUUCUUUGAAGGAAGAGAUUGAUGUCCUGAGUCAGACCAUGUCAACAGCAGAAGUGACCAAAACCAAAGCUGAGAAACAAGUCAUUAAGCACGAAAAAGACCUUGCUAAGGCCACCAAGGAUAUACAGGCUUCCGUUGCGGAUCUGGAAGCACUAGAGGAGGAGAUUCAGAAUCAAGGAUCAAAUUCUGAAGGGUCGCAAGCCAGAGUUGACGAAGCUCAAGAAACUUUGAAGGAAAAGAAGAAGGAGCUCACUGCUCUCAAAGCUGAUCUUGAUGAGAAAACCGCCGAGCUCAACGAGACCCGUGCAAUUGAGAUUGAGAUGCGCAACAAACUUGAAGAGAACCAUAAAGUAUUGACUGAGAACCAAAAGAGGCUAAGAUACUGGCAAGAAAAGUCGGGCAAACUUGCUCUGCAGAACAUUGGUGACCUGGGUGAAGAAGUUGAACAGGAAGAACUUCCUACUUUUACCAGAGACGAACUUGCAGAUAUGAGCAAGGAGGCAUUGAAAGGCGAGAUUGCAAUCCUAGAAGAGAAAACUCAGAAUGUCAAUGUCGAGCUAGGUGUUCUUGCAGAAUAUCGUCGAAGAGUCGAAGAACAUGCUGCAAGGAAUCAAGACUUACAAAGUGCCGUGGCUCAGAGAGGCACCGCAAAGAAGCGCUGCGAUGAUUUACGACGCCUUCGUCUCGAAGGCUUCAUGGAAGGUUUCAGUACGAUUUCCCUUCGACUCAAAGAGAUGUACCAAAUGAUCACAAUGGGAGGAAAUGCCGAAUUGGAACUGGUGGACUCGCUAGAUCCAUUUUCGGAAGGAAUUCUAUUCAGUGUGAUGCCACCGAAGAAGUCUUGGAAGAACAUCUCAAACUUGAGUGGUGGUGAGAAGACAUUGAGCAGUCUGGCACUCGUGUUUGCUUUACAUCACUACAAGCCGACGCCCUUGUAUGUAAUGGACGAGAUUGACGCUGCUCUAGAUUUUAGAAAUGUUUCUAUCGUAGCAUCUUACAUCAAAGAACGAACCAAAAACGCACAAUUCAUCGUAAUCUCACUGCGGAAUAACAUGUUUGAACUCGCGAGUAGACUAGUUGGAGUGUACAAGGUUAACCAUAUGACGAAGAGCGUGACGAUAGAGAAUAAGGAUUACAUUACGGGUCGAGCAUGA